UGACCCUUAUAAUCUUCCAGCUUUUCUUCAAAGCAGCAUGAUAUGCCAGAUGUGCCACAAAAAUCGAUACUAGCUCUGUAAAUUAAGCAUGGCAGUGGCGACGAUGGCUAAAUCAAAAGUUGUUCUGCAGCAGUGUUUGUCAGCAAGACUCCAGAUUCAACCAGAAACAGACGAAACACCCGCAAAACACGUGGAGAUAAAAAGAGGUCUUGUGGUCUAUGUGUGCUUUUUAAAAGAUGCUACAGAAGAUAUACUUGAUAAAAUGGUAAAGAGUGUUUUAACGGCCAGAUUAAGUGAAGGAAGGGACGAGAAAUUGGUUUCGAUUCUCGAUCUACCUGGAGAUGUUUUAAUUAUUCCACAAGCAACACUCGGAGGAAUUCUUAAAGGUAAAAUGAUGCAGUAUCAUAAAAACAUUGACAAAGAAACUGGAUUAAAACUUUACACUAAGUUUGUGGAAAUGUGUGAACAAAAUUUAACUGAAAAUUCUAAAAUCAAAGGUGUUGAUGUUUGUGUUAAAAGUGGAACUUAUGGAAAUCGUCAAGUUUUUAGCUGCUCAACAAAUGGACCAUAUUCUCAUAUAAUAGAGUUUUAAUAAUUGUUAACAUUUUUGAUUUGUUUUAAUUAUUAUUUUCUACACAAUAUGGAUUACAAAUCACAAGUUCAGGUGACACUAUAACUAAAAAUCAGACCAUUUUUAACCUCUGUUCUACACAAAUUGGUUCCAUUUUAUUUCAAUAAUUUGCUUGCAUGUAGGGGUCUUUAGCAGUGGGAGGGAACCAGCGGACCUGGAGAAAACCCAUGAGUUUGGUCAGGCGACCCUACUACUUGUCAUGUACAACCGGGGAAUCAAAACCACGCAACUUGACUCAAUGACAGACUUUAUGAUGCAACGCACACGUGUUAACCAUUCGACCACCUACCCCCCCUGGCACUGAUGAACUUGUACAUGAUUUUUUUAACUUUGAUGUUGACAUGUAGACCUGGAAAUAAUAGUUUAGGCAUUUCAGAAUGAUUGCUUGACAUUUUAAAUUUUUGUUGGAAAUCUAUUAAUAAUAUCAAAAAACCACAGGAAAAUGACAGGCCAGAGCCCAGAGGGAUUGUAAAGGUCACAAUUCUAUGGAAUAUAUACAAUUACUACUUAGUAAUGAGGGGAUUUUCGACUAGGCUUCUCUAGUCUUUAUCUUAAUAUCAGUAAUAAUGCCAUUGAAACAAUUUAUCAGAGGGAUUGUGUCUGACAAAGCCUGAACUUGUCUGUGAACUAUGAAGUGUCUGUGAUGAAUACCUUAUUUCAAGGCUUGCGGAUAUGUAUUAAAGGGCAUAUGACUGGAACCUUGAAAUAGACGAAAGUCGGUCUAAAAGCACAUAUUAAUAUAAUAUUAAUGUAUAUAAAAUGAUUCAUAUUCAAAUUUUAAAAACAUUGUAAUUUCUAAUCAAUUAUGUUCGCUGAAAUACGCGAACAGUCCAAAUUGAACGACAGUCAUUUACACCUGCUUAGUGCAUCCUACAGAUUUUUUAAAUUACUAUUUUGCUGUGAAUCAGUCAUUACUAAUUACUUCCGCAUUGUCUUGUAGGGUAUGUUUUCCUUUGUUCAAUACAAAUGCCGUCUGAAACUAUAGAAUACACGACUCGUGUACUGAUUGAUUGAAAUGUACUUCUGUUCCGUGUUUUUAAUUUCGAAUAUUAUGGAAACUACUGAGUUAGAGAGAUAGCUCCUUUAAUAAUAUCAAUACAGACAAAAUGACAGGCACCAGAGAGAUUGUGUCUGACAAAGCCUGCAUAUAUGCCUGCCAAUGUCUGUGACAGGUGUCUAUUAUCUAGCCUAUUUCAAACAUUCUUCUAAUUUGUAUGCCCCACCAUACUGAAAUGUCUGUAAAAUAAUUAACCCACUGAAAAUGUCACUUCAUUAACAAAUAAAAAGAGGUAACUUUUUAUGAGUAUACCAAAUUUGCAAAAUCUUUUUAUACUGCUAAAAAAAAACAACACUUUCUCCAUUUAAUAUUUUAAUUAAAAAAUAAAACCAGGUGUUCAAACUAAUUGAAUGGGUUGAUAAUUUUACCAAAUUUCAUCUAGUAUGUUUGUGAAGCCAUUAUACCAUGAGCCAUAUAUAUUUUGAAUGUUGAAUGAGUACAUGUGAAGCCAUUCUACCAGGGUCUUUGUAUAUUUUCUUUAUUAAAAAUAUUAUUAAAGUUGUUAUGUUCAAAAUGAUUUUGUUUCAUGAUUCAUAAUAACAAUUUGUUCAUUAAAAAUUAUUUAAAGGAGAUAAAACCUUUGAUUUUGGUUGAAAGAAAGAAAGUGUUGUAUAAGAAUGAUCUGAUGUUUUUUUGUGGUUUUUUUUUUCGUCUUCAUUAGCUCAGUAAGAGCAGGACAUGAUUUCAUUCCAUUCAUUUCUAAUGUUUUUUAUUUCUUUUAUUAAUAUAUGACAAGCUCGAAACAAUAAAAUUAUUGUUUCGAAAGGUUAAGUGGGUGCCAGUUCAUUUUAUAAAUUUUAUUAGCCUCAUUUUUUGUUUCCUGUUUAAAUUGUGAAAAAAACAGCUAUCCAUAUCUCCUAAACCUGAAAUAAAAUGUAAAUAACUUUUAGCCACAUAAAAAAGGUCUAUUUAAAGGAACUGGGUGUGGUUUUAAAAGGCUGCAGUAGUCAACAAAGACAGGCUCACUGAGCUAAUCAACAUAUUUGGAUAUUGAUUACAGGCUUAUUUAAUCAUAUUAGUCUUUCGUUAUUUAAUUAUGCACCUGUUACCCUCAUGUCUACUUUUACUUCAUUACACAAUGUAUCAAUAAAAAAAUGGAAGUAGGGA